ACUAAGCUCCUCCCACAUCCGGAGGGAAACCGCUAUCUGUCGGCAAAAACAGAAAACAUCCCGAAGCUGGAAUCCGCUACGCGGAACCAAGCAGCUGUUUCCGAACAAGAGUCUCAUUUGGUGGAUUGGCGAACUAUCCGAGAAACUUAACGGCAACAUGAUCAAACGGACGUGACACAAAGGGGGUCUGCCGCUGCCGACUCGGGAGCUGAGUUUGGGGAUCAGACUGCUAUGGAGAGGCCCAGCAGACUGCUGCUGGUUUCCCAGCUCUGCAUCAGAAACACGGCGUAUGAUGUGAGCCUGAGUCGGUCCCUGCUGACAUGGAAGAGGCUGACCUCCAGCCCGAUGUACCGCUUCAGACCCAGGUUUUGUGUUCCUUUGUUUCAUCGUCAGUUACACUCAGACAUGGGUCACAGUGUUCCGCUCUCAGAGAUCAUCUCUGUUAGAGGAGAAGAGGAGGAGGGCGGCACCAAACACAAAGAUGACAGCAGCUGGAAGAAGAUCAAAGAUAGAGGAGGACAGGACUCCAGGCAGGCUUUCACAGUGUCGUACGUGGAGAGGUGUCGGCAGCACCGCUGGCGGUGUGCUGAGGUAACCUUCACAUGUCCGGACACUGAGCUCUGUUGGAACUGGGUCCGCAGCAUCAGAGAGCAGCUUGCCAGCAUCUCUGGCAGACCCAGAAGCUUGCUGGUCUAUAUCAACCCAUAUGGUGGGAAGCGUCAGGGCAAGCACAUCUAUGAACACAAGGUGGCACCACUGUUUGCACAAGCCGGGAUCUCUACUCAGGUCAUCGUCACAGAGUAUGCCAAUCAUGCCAGGGAUCACCUGAGGACGGAUGCUGAGCUCAGCAACUUUGAUGGUGUGGUCUGUGUGGGAGGAGACGGCAUGUUCAGUGAGAUCAUCCACGGUUUGAUAUGGAGGACACAGAUCGACAGUGGCAUAGAUCCAAACUGUCCUGAUGAAGCCCUGUCUCCCUGUUCGCUUCGCAUUGGAAUCAUCCCUGCAGGUUCAACAGACUGUAUCUGCUUUGCCACGGUGGGAACCAAUGACCCAAUCACAUCUGCACUGCACAUCAUAUUAGGAGAUUCUCAGCCAUUGGACGUGUCCUCUGUUCACCACAACAACGUGUUUCUGCGAUACUCAGUGUCUUUGCUGGGAUAUGGUUUCUAUGGCGAUGUACUAAGUGACAGUGAAAGAAAGAGAUGGAUGGGCCUCGCCAGAUAUGACAUUUCAGGUGCGAAAAUGUUCCUGACCCACCAUUACUACGAGGGAACCGUGUCCUACCUGCCAGCCAGAGGUGCUGUUGGAACUCCACGGGAUACUAGCAGAUGUCGAUCUGGCUGUGCAGUUUGUCAGCAUAAUGAAGAGAUCCGAUCAGACAGAGCCGUGAAGUAUGAGAUGGAUGAAGCUUCAGACUGUGAGAAUGAUGGAGAGUGGAGGACGGUCCGAGGAAAGUUCUUGGCUAUAAACGCGGCCUGUAUGAGCUGUGCUUGUCCUCGUAGCCCCAAAGGUCUCUCCCCUGCUGCCCACCUGGCUGAUGGCACCACUGACCUCAUCCUUGUUAGAAAGUGUUCACGCUUCAACUUCCUCCGACAUCUCCUGCGACACACCAACAAAGAUGAUCAGUUCGACCUGGCCUUUGUUGAGGUUCACAGAGUGGUGCGUUUCCGCUUUACCCCACGUCACUGCCAGAGCGACUCAGACCUAGAGCUGGAGUUGCUGGGGAACAGCAAACGGCAGAUUUUCAGCCAGAUCUGCAGAGACCACCCGGCUUGUGGCUGUGCCCGCACCUACAGCAGCUGGAACUGUGAUGGUGAGAUCUUGACCCACGCAGCCAUCGAUGUCAGAGUGCACUGCCGGUUAAUCAAGCUAUUCGCACGAGGAAUCGAAGAGCCCCAGGUGUUUGAGGACCUCCAUAACCCCUGUGCAAUAUAAACCUGUUCGCCCUCCCAUCAUGUUUUCCUCCUCAGACACUGGAGCUGUCUCCAAGCUGCUGUCUUUAGGACAUUUACCGUCAGCUUCUGCUGUUUCUCCACAGAUUGUAGCUGCACUUUGCUCCCUCGGUUAGAAGUCUUGUGGCACUUGGUAGAAGCAUUAAAGAUAAAUAAAUUGAACUUGGUGCCUUCUGUAUGACCAGAGGGUAGCCAUUAAACGGUUCUGUUCUCUACACAGAAGAUCUCCUCAUAGAAAGCUUCCAGAUAGUGUUUGUGAUCCUCUAUCUGUUACGUUGGUGAAAUGAUUGGUUUCAUCACCCGAGUCCUGUUGACAGACGUUAUUUUGUCCUCCAAGUUAGAGAUUUUUAAUCUAGCCUGAAUGGUUCUCAGAAGGACACUGAUCACAUCCUGAGAUCGAACAUCUCCUCUUGAUUUGGCGACGCUUUAGAAGGCAGAAUAGAGGACCACCCUGUUCAUCUGCUGCUCUGGUUAAUGGACUUAAGGUAAACUGGACCUUCAUGUCCAUGCACUAUGGAGACACCUGGAUCUCACAGACAUGAUCUUACUGCUGUCAUCUUUAGCUUAGCUAAACAUCCAAUCUCUGGUUUAUAUGCCGUCUAUCUAGAAGAGGAGAAGGAGACUAGAACCAGUAAAAAGGUGAUUUAUCACCAGAACAGCCUACGUAGCUGUGUUUAUCUCCAACAGACCAGUUUUCCACACUGAUGAAAGCUGAAGAUCUGUCAUGGAUCCAUAUCAUUAGAAAAAGGCUGUUGUUGUUUUGUUUUUGUUUUUUUGACUUCCUCUUUUGGUAGCUUGUUGUUCCCAGGUCUGGUGUGUUUGGCGCCACCAUCUGGCUGGUUCCCAGAAACUGGCAGCAGGCUCAGGUUAGCCUGGCAUACAGCAGAGUUGACUGGGAGUUGGUGUAUUCUUACUGACUUCCCAAAACGCCUCAGACCUUGAGCCAAAUCACCACCCACAGCACAGAUCAGAUGACUUUGACGCGACUGCUUUACAAGGCAGACUUCUGCCCCUCUGACAUCAGCAUCCUUGUUCUAAAGAUGAAGAAGCUUUGCUUCAUUCUGUUACAUUCUUGGAUGGGAUCAGGUUCAGUACUGGGUCGGAACACAAGCCUCAGCCCUCCGAGUGUAAAAACUCAAUCCCAUCAUUCUUGUUGUUUUAAGUGAUUCCAGCAGGGUCUGGACUCAUAUUUCUAGUAUACUGUUUCACCUUCUCCCAGUACCUGCAUCAGCUGAUUUCGACAUCUUCAUUUUCUAAAGGUCAUUUUGGCACUAUUGACCAAAUAAAGAAUCUCAACCGACAGGAAAUUAAGAGGGAGACAUGCGGCAAACGGCCAUAACUCAAACUGUGUUGAGGAUUAAGGCCUCCAUACAUAUGAGCCCUAUAUGCUGAAAUAUAAGUUAAGUCACAUGAAGACAAUGAAAAUCAAUUAAUCUGAAACGGACUUUGACUGAUUCUCCUUUCAUCAGUUAUGGUAUUUUGUAGCAUUGGCUUAAAUCUUUUUUAAUCUCCAUACUCUGCUAGAUUGUAGCUUUAAAAUCGUUUACGACUCAAUGAAGACCCCUUUCUUUCCAAAUGAGCAGAGUAGCACAUUAACUCCUGUUUUUAUUUUCACUAAAGCUCCAAAUGCAAGUAAAAUUGAACAGCAGAUAAACAGCUUGUUGAGAGCAGACAUAUGUUUAAUCUCUAACAAAAUCCAUGCUUCUAUCCAAAUGUGAUGCAAACUCUUAUCUAACCCACUGCAGCGAAUUAACAAGGCUAUGCAAAGCAUAAUGUCUUCAUACAUUGAUAUUAUGCUUGGUAAACAGGAAGUAGCGCCAGACCGCAGUAUGUGUUGUAAUCAUGCAAGUUUACUUACUUUCUCAUGUCCUCUAGUAUUACCGAUGGUUCAUGCCAUCCGGAGACACUGAGAGAGGUUUGAUUCUGAUGCUGCAUUCAGGACAGAAAAAGCCGAUCACUCAUGUAGAGUAAAUAUUUUCUACUACAGAACUUUUUCAAAAAAUGUGUCUCCAUCGCCUCUUUAGCGCAUUUAUGCUUUUUCAGAGUCAAAAAUCACCUCAGGUGAACAUAAAAACGUUUUAAUACGUUUAUCUGAAUUUUGCUUUUUCAUGUAAGACUUCAAAUGCACUUCCAAUGUGCAAAAGACAGUUGAUGGAAACAUGUCGAAAGAUUGGCUCUGAUCCACAUAAUGGGGACCUUUUGAAUUUUGAACAAAACGUAGAAGUUUUAUACCCAUUGUUGUUGUUAGAACUUUUCAAGACAGACCCUUGGUUAAGUUUUUUUUUCUGGGUCUUUGUCUUAGAGAUAGCAUUUAAUGGUCAAAAUAUUUAGUCCAGUGGACAGACGUCUGAUCUAGAAAAAGCUAAACUGUUCCAGAGGGAAAAUGUUCAAACAAUGAUGUAGGCAAGAGUUGUCUUAAUUUAAGCCUAAGAUUUCUGUUGUCUGUAACUAGUUUUUGUGUUCCUGCUGAUUAUCUGCACAUUAAUGCAUUGCUCUGUAUGGAAUAUUGUAGAGGUUGGAAGCCUUUUUUUGAGCUAGAAAAGUAUUGUAGCAUAACUUUAAAUGCAUCGGCAGCUGCUGCUGUUACUGUGCCCUUUAGUUGUUAGCAUGUAAUGUAGCACAGUUUCUCAUGUUAAGGCUGUUUAAUGAGAAAAUAUUUACACAGUUUCUUUCCUUUAAUUCAGUGAAUUCUCCACUACUUCUGACUUACCAUAUCUCAUCUUGCCAAGUGCUGCGUAGUGAAAGAAGUCUAAAUAUUGUGAUGGAGCAAAACAUUCCAUUUGUUUUGUUAUUUAUGUUCUUAUAUUUGGGGAUCAUCAGAUCUGAUUAGAAGAUGAUUAUUAUCCAAAUUAAUCAAAGUUAGGCAUGCCCUUUUCUUAAGCAUUUGGCAUCUAGGGGAGAAUUGAUGAGGUAAUAUGAAUCAUCUGGUAAUUUUUUUUACUUGCACCUGUGCUGCAUACAUGGCCUGUGAGAGCUGUCGAGCUCCUGUGACACUUUUUGCCUCCAUCUCCAAAAAAAGGUGUUGAAAUCAGACUAACUGGCUGUCUUUAUUGGAGAUACUGCAUGGGCAUUAUUAUUGCAUAACCAAAGGCAGAUAAUCAAGCAUCAGCACUGAAAUUAUUUUGAUAUUCAUUAGUCAGCAAUACUGUUUCCUUUCUGUGUAUUUGGAGCUGGACUCUCCAAUAAAACAGGAAAGUAGGA